UCCAUCCUUGUUCCGCAUCUCUGUUUUUACCUGUUCUCAUUCAAAUGGAGCUCGAUGGAAAGUAGUCGGCGUGUACCAGUUCCGUUUUUUACAUCUGGAGAAUGAUCCACUCUCAGGUUAUUUUAUCCCAGAGCAUCCCCUCUCCUCCUCACGCUUCCCUCAGGUUUUGGUCUGCUUUGGGUUGACUGGUCAUUAUGCUGAUGCAGCUCUGUAGUAUCAAGAACCUGUACCAGAAUCGCCUUUUUGGCCUGGCGGCUAUGGCCUCACCGACCCGCAGCAACCGCCAACGCUGUAAGGAUCGUCACAGCUACGGGCCUGACUCCUACGCUGUCAACGCUCUGAACCAGGAAGCCUUCGUGUUAGGGUUGCCACGGUCAACUAGCGACACGGAUCUGGUCUCCCCGGACACUCGCUCCACCCUCACCGUAAGCGCUUCUCACUACACCGUAGGCCAGUCGGAAGACUUAGUGAUCGCAUGGGACAUCAAGGAGGAGGUGGAUGCUGGCGACUGGAUCGGAAUGUAUCUCGUGGAUGAGCCUUUAUCUGAGAACUUUCUGGAUUAUAAGAACCGAGGCAUCAAUGGAUCGCAUAAAGGACAAAUUGUUUGGAAAGUUGACUGCAGCUCUCACUUCAGUGAAACUGAGACACUGGUCUGCUUCAAGUACUACCAUGGCGUCACUGGAGCACUGAGGGCAACCACACCCAGCCUAACCAUCAAAAAGGCACCGGUGCCUGUUUUAAAGCCAGUGGUAAGUCCUGAGGUCAACCAAGGACGAGGAAACAGGAGACUCAUUAACUUUUCACUGUCAGACCUCCAAGCUGUUGGUUUGAAGAAGGGAAUGUUCUUUAACCCCGACCCGUACCUCAAACUGUCCAUUCAGCCCGGAAAGCAUAGCAUCUUCCCUUCGUUGCCGCACCACGGUCAGGAAAAACGCUCCGGCGUUGUCUGCAACACAAUCAACCCUCAAUGGAGUGCAGAGAGAUUUAACUUUUUGUCGCUACCCACUGAUGUUCUGGAGAUUGAAGUCAAGGACAAGUUUGCUAAAAGUCGGCCAAUCAUCAAGCGCUUCCUGGGGAAGCUGUCCGUCCCUGUUCAGAGGCUGCUGGAAAAACAUGCCAUCGGAGACCGGGUUGUCAGUUACUCUCUGGGUCGCAGGCUACCAACCGAUCACGUGUGUGGACACUUACAAUUCCGAUUUGAGCUCGCCACCUCGAUUCAUCCAGAUGAUGAGGACGUUUCGCUGGUCAUCGAAUCAGCCUGCCCUGAAGUCGGCGCCGACGCCAACCAUGCCGCCGAUGAUGACACGUUAAGCGUAGGACACGAUACGGCCGAGCUCCCUAUGGACGCCCCUCCCGAGACCCCAACGCCCUUAGCCUCGACAGCCCAACCCAGCGAGGACCUCGACGUGUCGGGAGAGGUGGAAGAAGGCGCUAUGGAGGACGAGAGCACAGUGAGAGAGGAACCGGCCACGACCGAGCCGCAGGUGCAGAGCGAAGACGGCCAAUCGGCCGACGACGCUGCGAGGACGCUUGUGGAGGGCGAAUCGGAAGAUGCACCUCAGGAGGAAGAGGAAGCACAGAGAGAAGAUAAUGCUGAGGAGGGGGUAGCAGUAGAAGAUGACGAGAAAGCUCAACCAGAUGUACCAACUGAAAAUACCGGAGCAGUAAGUCCAAAUAACGACGCAGCGACUACAGACGGCAACGACGCAUCGCAAGAUUUACUCACGGAAACAACUGAAGUAUCACCGGGAGGAGAAAGCAGCAACGGUCCCUGUCCCUGCAUCUUCUCGAACUACAAUUCCCAAGGUCCUCUCCGGCGUAAAACCCGCCCUUGCUCUCUGCCGGUGUCGGAGCUGGAGAACGUGAUCGCCUCGGCGUGCGGCGAGCCGGAGACGCCUCGAUCGCACUACAUCCGCAUCCACCAUCUCCUCCACAGUCUCCCCUCGGCACAGCAUCGAGCUCCGAGCCAGGACGAGGAAGAUACGGAAGAAGGAGAGAACACCAGCACAAUUCAGGACAACACGUCACCAACACUUAAAAACACCAAAGACACACAGGAAGAUGAAGAUGAGAUAACCCAGUCACCCUCUCAGGUGGAAGAGUGCCCCGGUCCGUGUUGCUGUCGCUCCAUCCCACGCAGCCUUUCCAUUGAACGUCUGUCGGAACUAAACCAGCUCCUGGAAGGUGACGGAGGAGGUGGAGUCCCCGCAGCAGUCAGAAGGAUCUCUCUCUCCUACUUAGAAAGCGAGGAGGGGGAUUCCGGUAGCACAGUUGGGAAAGCAAAUACAGGGAGCAGCCAUCGGACCCGGGGGGGAAAUGAAUGCGAGUUGUGUGACACCUCCUGCUACAGCACAUCCUGCUACAGCACGUCUUGCUACAGCACGUCGUGCUACAGCAACUCGGGCCACGAGGGCAGGGGCCGCAUCUGCAGCCCCACCCGCCUCUCCUCUGUGGACAGCAACCGGCUCUCCGGCAGCACAGUCUUCUCCUCGCAGGACGAAGAGGAGGAGAGCACCUUUGAGUCGGGACCGGACGUAAACAACUGUCCCGAGGGCCAGGGAGUGGGCGGGGCCGGUGGGGAGAGGAGCGGAAGAUGGAAAGAGGCCAGGGGAGAGGAACGUGGAGAAUCAGCUGGGGCUGAGUCACGGGACACCAACAGCAGUAGCUCAGGCUUCUCACCUCCCGUUGGCCACCCUCCAGUCCUUCUUCCCAGCCUUGACUUAAACCAUUUUCCUGCCGCCACUGACCAAACCUUACCUCCAAACUGGGAAGCACGCAUAGACAGCCACGGCAGAGUUUUCUACGUUGACCACGUCAACCGCACCACCACCUGGCAGAGACCAAGUCACGGCGGCAAGUGUAGUCACGGGAUUCCCCGAUCUGGAUCCAGUCAACAGAUGGAGCAGCUCAACAGGAGGUAUCAGAACAUCCAGAGAACCAUGGCCACUGAAGAGGAGGGUGGCAGUCAGAGGUUAGAGAGAAGUCCCAGUGUUGAGACCGACUCGGAUGCUCCUCCGACCGCGACAGGUCCAGCAUCACCUGUCAAUCACCAGAAGAUCAGCCAACUUCUCCAGUCACCCGCUGUCAAGUUCAUCACACAUCCGGAAUUCUUCACGAUGCUGCAUAGUAACUACUCAGCCUAUCGGAUGUUCACCAGCAGCAGCUGCGUGAAACACAUGAUCCUGAAGGUGCGGCGUGACGCCAAAAACUUUGAGCGCUACCAACAUAACCGGGACCUGGUGGUCUUCCUCAACAAAUUUGCAGACACUCAACUGGAGUUGCCACGGGGUUGGGAGAUCAAGACUGACCCCCAGGGCAAGUCUUUCUUUGUGGAUCACAACAGUCGAGCCACAACCUUCAUCGACCCUCGAAUCCCUCUUCAGAACGGCCGACUACCGGGCCACCUUGCCCACCGGCAACAUUUGCAGAGGUUACGCAGCUACAGCGCCGGAGAGGCUUCUGAUGUGUCUAGGAAUCGUGGAGCUUCAUUUAUGUCCAGGCCUGCAAACAGCCUAGUCGCCGCCAUACGAAGCCAACAUCACGUUGACCCGCAACAGUCCACCGCCGCAUCGUACAAUGACAAGAUCGUGGCUUUCCUUCGUCAGCCGAACAUAUUUGACAUGUUGCAGGAGCGGCAACCCAACCUGAACAGAAACUAUGCGCUCAGGGAAAAGAUCCAUUACCUUCGGUCCGAAGGUACCCAGGGUGUCGAAAAGCUAUCAUGUGAUGCAGACCUGGUUAUCCUGUUAAGUUUGUUUGAAGAGGAGAUUAUGUCGUAUAUUCCGCCUCACCCAAUCCAUCCUGGCUUUAGUUUCUCCCCGCGCUGUUCGCCCGGCAACUCGCCGCAGAACUCUCCCGGUUUACAGAGAGCCAGGGCUCCGGCGCCUUACCGGAGAGACUUUGAAGCCAAGCUCAGAAACUUCUACAGAAAAUUAGAAGCAAAGGGCUACGGGCAGGGACCGGGCAAGAUUAAACUACUGAUAAGGCGAGAACAUUUGCUGGAAGGCACCUUCAACCAGGUGAUGGCAUAUUCCCGCAAAGAGCUACAGAGGAACAAACUUUACGUUACCUUCCUGGGAGAGGAGGGGUUGGAUUACAGCGGACCCUCCAGAGAGUUUUUCUUCCUUUUGUCUCAGGAGUUGUUUAAUCCAUAUUAUGGUCUUUUUGAAUACUCAGCCAAUGACACAUACACUGUUCAAAUCAGCCCCAUGUCGGCGUUUGUGGAGAACCAUCUGGAAUGGUUCCGCUUCAGUGGGCGCAUUCUAGGUCUGGCUUUGAUUCAUCAAUACCUUCUUGAUGCUUUCUUCACCAGACCUUUCUACAAGGCGCUACUCAGGCUUCCGACAGAUCUUUCUGAUUUGGAGUAUCUUGAUGAGGAGUUCCAUCAGUCUCUACAGUGGAUGAAAGACAAUGACAUCACAGAUAUAUUGGACCUCACAUUCACUGUUAACGAGGAGGUCUUUGGCCAAGUAACGGAACGGGAGUUGAAGUCCGGAGGCUCCAACCUGCAAGUGACUGAGAAGAACAAAAAGGAUUACAUUGAGCGAAUGACCAAGUGGAGGGUGGAAAGAGGAGUGGUGCAACAGACGGAAGCGCUAGUCAGAGGCUUCUACGAGGUGGUCGACUCCAGGCUGGUGUCAGUGUUCGACGCCCGAGAACUGGAGCUGGUUAUUGCCGGGACUGUUGAGAUUGAUCUCGGGGAUUGGCGGAGCAAUACAGAGUAUAGAGGAGGCUACCACGAUGGGCACAUAGUGAUGAGGUGGUUUUGGGCCGCCGUGGAGCGUUUCAACAAUGAGCAGCGUCUCCGUCUACUCCAAUUUGUAACCGGGACGUCCAGCGUGCCGUAUGAAGGCUUCGCUGCUUUGCGCGGAUCCAACGGCCUCCGACGCUUCUGCAUCGAGAAGUGGGGCAAAGUGACCUCUCUACCCAGGGCCCAUACGUGUUUUAACCGUCUCGACCUGCCUCCGUAUCCCUCGUACACUAUGCUGUACGAUAAACUGCUGACGGCCGUGGAGGAAACCAGCACGUUCGGUCUGGAGUGAGACGUACGAAGGGCAAAGGUCGCUCUCGGAACGCCGAGCGGGAAAGCGUCGCGCGACGGACGCAUUGUGGAUUCUGUGAUUGUGCAGACUGAGCAAAGAUGUGGCUCACGUGGAUAUUGUCAAAUGAAUGUUAUGGUACAGUGUAUUAGUCUGACUUUUGAGGGUCUUUGUGACAGGAAGGGGCCGUUGGAGCAUCACACCAGUACAUUAGUGUUAAGAGGAUGUACAACGGUAUCAAUCAUAAAACAUGCAGCCAGCAUGCACGUAGCCAGAUGCUAAUAGCAACAAAUAUAGCUUAUAUAUAAAACCACUGAUGACAACUUAACAGUUAACAUCUUGCCACUUUUUUCUUCUCUUCCUUUAUGAAUCCUUAGUUGGGUGACUUCAAAAUAUGUAAAUCGGCACAAAUGAUCUUUUAAGACGCAACAAUCAUGCUGAAAUGUUAAUAAUUGAAUGAAAAAGUGAAAUGCUAUUCAGAAUUGCAAUGAAUAAUAAUAUAUUGUGUCUGUUUAUAUACAGGCUGUUUCAUAAAUGAGGUGUGGAUUUAAAGUAAGAAAUUAAUGCUCAGGUAGUUUAUUGGAUGUUACAAAUACAAAUGAAAUGGACGCCAAAGAAACAAUCACAUGUCGUAGUUAACAUAGUAAAGCCUGCUUGGUAAAAUGAUUUAAAAGCCAAGAAUUGGAGUGAGCGAUGCAAGUUUUCAAUCAAAUAUAAAAAUAUAUUAAUUUAACAGUAAAAGCAGCAGGGAAGAUUCUUUAUUCAGAGAAUUGAGCAUUAGAAUUAGAAUGACUUGAAUUGACCCAAAAAAAGGAAAUACGUGUAUUUGGGGAAGGAAAAAAAAAAAAAGUUACUUUUUGUGGGUCCGAACCACUGGAAAAAUAAGCCAGAAAUAUACAAAGCAUUUAAGAAAGCCAUUUCCUCCCCACAUAUUAUGCAAUGUCAACUGACGAAUAAUUCUAAAAAGCAUUUUACAGUAGGCGGUCUGUUCCCAAAGAAAAUAAUGAAAAUAGUUCGACAUUGAUUUCUUUCUAUUGUCAUCAACUUGCCUACGCCCAGGACUGAGACGCGCCCCGAAAAGGAAAUAAGACAUCGCCGUUGCACAAACACCAAAGAUAAGCAAGACGGUUCUCACGAGAUUUGCUGAGGUCAGCAAUUCACCCUGGAUAACUUCACCAGAUUGUUCUGUCUGAACUCAAUGGAAAUAUUCCCGAAUUACCAUCAGUGUUCCAUUUUGAACAUUUAAGCUCUUUUUUUUUUCUCCCAGUUUCUACUUCAUCUUUCUGUUACUGACAAUGAAUAGUCCACAAACACAAAGAUUGCAAAGGCGCUUCAAAUUCCUUCUUGCUCAAGGUGACCAUGACGCAAAGUGCUUACCUUGAACUAAUCUUUAAGUCUUCCACAACGAUUGCGGUGCAGCAACAAUACAUUCCGUAGGUGGCGUCUCUGGACUGAUGAGGACUUUCUCUUCUCUGUGUAUGUGCAAGAGUGACAAUUCUUCUAGUUCAUUGUCCUAUGAAGAAAUUUGGCCAUUUUAGUCCAAGAAAAAAAGCAUCCAUUAAAUUCAUAAAGUAGUGUAGGUCCAUAAAUUGUUCAACAAUAGCUUGUUAGAUCUCCAUUUCGAUUCUAAUCAAAUAUUAGCAAGCAGAUGAUUAUUGCCGAGGCCUAAAUAACAAAACUCCAGAGGGCAAAGACGAUUAUGUUGCAGAUACCAUGUUUUUGCUACCAAUUUUUUUCUACUGUUAUUUCUACGGUAUUGUAUUCUAAUUCAAGGGGUUCACUUGAAGCUUUCCUCGAAUGUUGUUUGUUCAUUGACGACGAGAGCCUGCCUUCAUUUUGAAGCCUUUGCAUUUUGAUAUUUAUGGCUUUUCUAUUAUUGAUGUAGCUCACUUAUUUAUUAUAUUUUUGUUUUUUAAUCAUGUUGUCUGGCUAAACUGUCAAUCAUUUUUUUCACAUCACAAAUGUGCAAGACUAUUAUUUAUUAGUGUCCGGCAUGUUACAAGCAAUUGAGAUAUUUUGCCCACAAUGAUAUUAAAUAGGGGUAAGAAAUAUAUCCCGGUAAUAAAGAUGGUUAUAGAAUUUUGUUACUCUCAGUUAUUACAGAAAUAUUUAUGAAAAUAAGCUUUUGAGAAUGGAUCAUAUUUGUCAAAGUUACACAUUUUUGUGGGGGGGGCUGAAGACAGAGGCAUGCAUUUUGUGUGUACAUUUUUUGUGUUGGUUAUUCACUUAUGUAGAUAAUGUUGAAAAGUACAGUUUUAUUAUUUAUUGAAAUAAAUGCUCAGGCAGUCCCUCCAAUACAAGUACCACUAUUCCACUGGAUGAAUCGAUGUUCAUUUGCUGACAUUGACGAUGUUGUAUGAAGUGAAGGCAGUGUUUGCCACUGUUGUCUAAAAUAAAA